UUUGCUAAGAUCUCUUCUAAUAAAAGUCAAAAUAAAUAUAGACAUUACACACGAUUAAAAGAACUAGUAAUGAAAACGGCAACAAUAUAGCCAAAACGACACUUCCAGUCUGAACUUCACGCAUAGUGCAAUUCCCUGCAAUUUUCCUCCCAAUUUUUCCUUUCUCGCCGAUCGCCAUCGCUGGAGGAAAAAAACCUCAAUUUCCCCCCAACAAUUCCUUCUCAGUUUCCGUUGGUUGCAGAAUCCAGAUCUGAAAGAACGUGAACCAUUGUUUGCUUUGGGGUUAAACGCAACAUCCUUGAUUUGGGUUUUAAAAACUGUUUCAAGGCAAUUGGGGUCUUGAAUUUUGAUUAAUUUUAUGUAAUGAAGAGUGUUGUGGCUUUGAUUAUUGAGAUUAAUGUAACUGGGUCGAUGUGAGUGGAAAAAGUUUAAGUUUUUAGAAUUGGGUUUUUGAUUUGGGAAUUUAGAGAUUAGGUUUAGUUUGUGAGGGUUUUUUGUUUUGAGUAGGAGUCAUGUUCUAUGGUGCAGUGGUAUGGGAUCCUUGGCUUAUUGUUGCUCAAAUUGUUUGUCUUCAAUGUAUGUAUUAUAUGACCCUUGGAUUGCUCUUAACCGUAUUUGUUGGCACCCGUGUUUCUCGAUUGAGCCUUGUGUAUUUCUUUGACUAUGUUACUGUUUCUACCUCCACCAUUACUGGUUGGUGUGUUGCUGUUUCAUUUCUGCUCAGCUCAGCUGCAGGGGCUGUGUAUUUGCUUUAUUUGAUUGAACGAUCAAAGAAGUGCUUGGAUUUUUCAGCCACUCUCUAUAUCAUCCAUCUUUUCAUAUGUAUUGUGUAUGGGGGUUGGCCCUCUUCUAUUACAUGGUGGAUUGUGAAUGGUACUGGAAUUGCUGUAAUGGCUUUGCUAGGUGAAUAUCUGUGUAUGAAACGUGAACUUCAGGAGAUAAAAAUACCACGAUAUCGAUCAAAUGUUUGAUUGACAUAAAGAAGUAACCCGAGUCUUGAAUUUAAGAAAGGAGUUGUACUGCAGGAUGAUAACAUCUUUUGCUUCUAUAUACGGUUGAUCUCGAAGAUAAAGCCCAUGUAGCGCAUAGUUGUUCUAUUAUGCCAUUGAAAGAGCUUCAUUUACUUUUCUAUUCUUUAGCUGCAAUAGAUUUUAUAGAUAACCAGACAAAGAUCAGGUACAUAAUUUUCCAGGAAGUUCUGAAAAUGUUAUGUAGGUUAUUCUCAUUCUAUUUUGUUUUUUGUCCUUUCCAUAUAGCGAUUGUCGGUUAAGGUGAUUCAGCUUCAAUUCUUUUUACCCUCUUUGUGAGUUAUUGGAUCUAUUUGAUUUCUUAGAAAUAUGUAUUAGUUUUGUGCCAUUGUUAAAAAGGUUGUUGUAUCAGAUUGGAGAAUGAAUCUCAAUAAAAUUUGCAUUCUAACUUC